AUGUUCUUUGGUCUAUCCGGAUAUUCCGUUCAUAUGCUGGCAGGGUUGAUUCGUGAUUUCAGGUUUUCUGGAAAAUUGGACCAUAUGUCAAGACUUACCGAAACGAAAGAAACUGCUGAAGAUAAUAAAAGCGAUGAGUUAACAAUGAAUGGUGCAACAUUAAUCGAGCGGAUCAACAGACAGAAGAAAGAAAUUGAGGACGAGGUAAAGAAAGAGCAUCCACUGGUCGCUCAGAAGGAAUCAAUUAGCGUUUUGUUAAAUGAAUAUGAUCGAGACAAAAGUGCUGAAUAUUACCAGAAAUCAGAGGAGUUGGCGAAAGUAUAUAAUUCUCUACGUCGUAUUCGUGGUGAUGGUUGUUGUUUUUAUCGGGCUCUUCUUUGUGCUCAGCUAGAAUAUAUUCUAAAGGAUCCGGAAGAAUUAACUAG